UUUUUUUGUGUAUAUAUUUUUAUAUACAUUUAUUAUUUUUUUGUAGGCCCGUGGGCCUCAUGCCACAAUGGCAGCUUUUCUUCCUCCAUUCCGCACCUCACCUGGAUCCCCUCCCCACCGCCAUGGCCAGUGGCGGGGGGAGGUGGGACGGUGCUACCAGUAAAGCUUGUGCUGGGCCAGGAUGGUAUUGGGAUGUUGGGCGGGUUGCGUGCGAUGUUAAGGGUCCCGAGAGGCGAUGCCGAUGAGUAUAUUGCGGAGCGGAGGGUAGGCCUUUCUAUGCGCUUGUAUAAUGCUGGUCGGUUACGAGACCGACUUGCCCGGGAUAAUAUGCGCUGAUUAAUAAGCUCUUAGGCUUCUUCUGCAGGAUUAAUGAAUAAGCUCUCAGCUUCUUCGGCCG